AUGUUGACGUUUCAGGAAAGUUUGGGCUGUGUGUUUCUUCUCUGUUGCAUCUGCUUGACUGAGUGUCGGGAGCUGAAAUUUGUCGUAGCUGUGUUCCGACAUGGUGAUCGAUCGCCUAUUGAGUCGUAUCCCAGGGAUCCUCAUGGGGAGGGAGUGUGGGCUCAAGGCUUCGGACAGUUGACUGAGCUGGGCAUUAAACAACAGUUUGAGCUGGGUAGGUUUCUGAGGAGGCGGUAUGGAAACUUUCUCGAUCCAGACUACGACAACAAAGAAUUAUACGUGCGUAGCACUGACUACGACCGCACUCUCAUGAGUGCCCAGGCCUGCCUCGCUGGGAUGUUCUCCCCAACCAGACGCCCGCCUCCAAUCAUGCCCCAGUUACUGUGGCGGCCCAUUCCAGUGCACACCAUCCCCAGGGCCCAGGACAAGCUGUUGAAGUCUCCAGGCAAAGACUGUCCGAGGUUCAGAGCGCUGAUGACGGAGACUUUUGAGAGUGAGACCUACCAGAGGUACCUCAGGGCUCACCAGCACUUUGUAGAGGAGCUUUCCAACCACACCGGUUACCCCAUCUCCAAACUGGUUGGCAAAAAAAUAUGGAGGGUCUAUGACACGCUUACCUGUCAGAGGAUCCAUAACUUGACUCUCCCACGCUGGGCCACCCAAGAUGUUCUGGACACCCUAAAGAGAAUAGCAUCCUUUGAGGUCAUGUACAGCAUCCUCAGUCACAAGCGGAAAGAGAAGGCAAGGCUCUCGGGAGGCGUCCUGCUGAAUGCCAUCCUAAGGAAUUUCUCCAAGGCUGUAGAGCAAGGGAGCACACUCAAAUUCAUUAUGUAUUCAGCUCAUGACUCCACACUCAUCACCCUCCAGGCUGCUCUGGAUGUGUACAACGGCCUUCUCCCUCCUUACGCUGCCUGUCAGCUCUUUGAGUUCUACCAGGAGUAUGAUGGAUCCUAUUCUGUGGAGCUGUAUUACCGCAAUGACUCCUGGCGCGACCCCUACCCAAACCCAGUGCCAGGAUGCAAUGGAUUGAGCCCCUGCCCUUUGUCCAUGUUCACUGAACUGGUGCAGGAUGUGGUGGCAGAGGACUGGGGAGCAGAGUGCGGGUUUAGGUUAAGUUCUUCCAGUACAGGUGUCAUAAUAGCUCUUGCAGUGGCCGUGGGUGUCCUUGCAGUGGCGCUGUUGUUCAGCAUAGGAAUGGCAAUCCACAGGAGACGAACGCACUACUCCAGAGAGGUGUAG